CGACCUUAGCACCUACAGAAACAAAAGGGAGCAAGUACAGUACAGAACGAGAAAUCAAAAUGGCGGGAACUCAAUAAACCCUUGGCCUAAUCUUUACUCCCUACUCUCGACUUCGAUAACAAAUCUGCAUAGCCCAAUCGUACACUCCACAGCACGUUUUUCGCACUUUCAAAGAGAGAGAUGUAUGGGAAUAGCCAAUUUGAUGGCAACGCCGCCUUCUCCGGCGGCGGUUUCAUGCCUUCUCAGGCCACCCAAAACGCGGAUCCUGCCUUCUCUCCGGCCAAGAGCCGUGAAGCGCAGGCUUUACUUCCAUUAACCGUGAAGCAAAUAAGUGAAGCUUUUCAAGCGAGUGACGACAAGGCGAAUUUUCUAAUCGAUGGCGUUGAUGUGAAUAAUGUGAAGUUGUUGGGUAUGUUGUAUGAAAAAACUGAAAGGGUGACUGAUGUUUCGUUUGUGCUUGACGAUGGAACUGGUCGGAUUGAUUGUCAUAGAUGGGUAAAUGAAGCUGUUGAUACGAAGGAAAUGGAGCUGCUACUAAACGGCAUGUACGUUAAGGUUCAUGGACAUUUGAAGGGAUUCCAAGGCAAAAAACAAUUGAUGGUUUACUCUGUCAGGCCUGUUACAGACUAUGACGAGGUUGCAAAUCACUUUGCUGAUUGUAUUUACGUCCACUGCUACAAUACAAGAUUACGGAAGUCACAGGAUGCUCACCAAGUGCCAGGUCACAUGCAGAAUUCAACUUUCAAUACUCCUUCAAAGGGCUACCAAUCUACUCCGUCAAAUAAUGUUUCUGUACAAUAUAACACGGACGAGGUCAAGGGCAUCGAAAGAAAAAUCUUAGACUUUUUGCAGCAGCCGUCGUGCAUUGCAAAAGAAAAAGGAGUUCAUCGUGAUGAAUUUGUUCAAUAUCUGAACGUCCCAGAGAAUAAGAUUUUGGAAGCUAUCGAAUCUCUGGAAUCAGAAGGUCUUAUUUAUUCAACAAUUGAUGAAUUCCACUUCAAGUCCACUGCCAACGGUUGAAAUUUAAUGCAACGGGUUUUAACUGAUAGCCGUAGCAAGUAAAAGAAACAACCUUAUCUUUGUCAGUACUUUAUAUCUGCAGCUAUGAGUUAUUGGGUAUACGUGCGUAUGAUAAUCUUCAUUUUCGUCUUGUGUUAGUUUCCUUUUUUGUUGGGUGAUGUCGAACUCGAAUGUUAUUCAUUUGAAUGAACUAAAAUUAUUGGAUUUUGCAGC